AACCCUUUACUCUGCAGAGAAAGGUCCCCGCAGGAGUUGAUGAUGUGAAGUGGGACCUCAAACCUGCAGGAGCAAAAAUAAUGGGUUUCAGAAGAAAAUACACCUUAAACUGCUCCUCUGUCAUGAUGAUUCUCUCUCAACAGCGACACAAACUUGAUGCCAAAUUCCUCGGUCCAGGCUUAACAUUCAUUAUAUUUCAAUUUCUUCCUUGCAGGCUCUACACGGAUCCCACUGGCCCGAGUUGUUUGUUUGUUCUUGCCUAAUAACCAACAAUCUGCUGUUUAUCAGGUUUCCUGAUAAGAAAAGUAUCACAGUGAUUAUUAAAACUGCUUUUCUUCCUUUUAGUAGCCGUGAGCUCAUCUGGAUUAUUAACAACAGCAUUAAACUAUUGAAUCCAAAUGCUUACUCCCGUCACAUCCUUAGGGCAGACGCUACCAAGGGUUACCAUGGCAUCUUUAACCACGCAGGUCACACUAGCACCUGGACAAGAUAUUAGCGAUGGAGACCAGGAUUGAACCCAUCUCUUGAAGUCUUUGACCAACAGAGGAGGAGGGAGGAUGGGAGCGAGUCCGAUGGACCGAACAGACACUCCACAACCUCCGUGACCGCAAGAACUAAACCUCUGUUCAGCAGAAAGAUGCCGGUGAAUGGCACCAAGCUCAAAGUUGCUGAAAGGCCCACGUUGUACAGGAAACCAAAGGGCCCUUUGCGGUUCAACACAACCAGAGUUGUGCCUGGGUGGCGAAACGUUGGCCAAGGAUCUUUGAGAAAGUCCCCAGUGGGGCAGAAGAAGAAAGAGCAAAUAUUACCAGAAAAACCUAAACCAGGUGUCCCCACCAGCGAAGGCAGGACAACAGCUUUGCACGAGAGAGAUCCAAGUGUAGACGCAUCAAGCACCAAGAGGAGGCCAGAUGAGAAUCCAGCUCUGUCUGCAACGUCUGGGACUGAUUCAGACACAAACAGACAACGCAGCUCGGAGGAACCGAGCGUUGGCGUCCACUCCAAAAAGCAACCAGAUGUUGGCACGGCGGGCCAAGAAAACAACACUGCUCCAGUGUCUCCAGGUCCAACUGGGACUGUUCAAAGCCAAGAGAAGAAAUGUAUGAAUAAAGUUAAAGUGACGCACAUCAGGUUACCCCAUCCGGGCCGAGGCAGCGGUUGUAAAGGGGAUGGCACAGAGCUGGUAAGAAAGACAGCGGGUUCAGAUCAAGGCUCCUCCGAAGCUAAUGAUUUGAAACCCUUGUCUGCAGAGACGGACCUCGAUUACACACCAGGUCCUUUGCACAAACUACUGAAGGACACUUUCGACGGUUUGAACAUCAAGACGUUUUCUGUUCACCUGUCCGAACCAUCAAACCUUUCUCUUGAUGCAGAAACAGUGAGGAAGCAGAUUAUAAGUGGACUCAGGCCAUUGCCACCAUCCUUUUCGUGGUCAUCUUCAUCAUCCUCAUCAUCAACCUUACAAUCACCCUCACGUUCAUCAGCUACACCAGCAUCCUCCUCAGUGCCAUCAUCCCCAUCUUCUUUAGCAUUGCCUUCACUUGCUCCAUCAUCAUCAUCAUCUCUAACAUUGUCAAUGGCGUCACCCUCUUCUUUACCGUCCCCUCCAUCAUCAUCAUCAUCCCUUUCCAGCUCAGAUAAAUCAGGUUCAGUUGGAAGCAAUGAACCAGAUGUCGAAAACAGCCAAAUUGCAACUGACGUUAAAUCACCUGAGGACAUAAAACUAACAGAAAAAGGUGGCGUACAUCUUUUCCAGCGCACGCCGUUGAAACACGGAUACGUACGUCGCCCGCGUCCAAACGUUGGACUAUUUCAGAACAGAACCCGUCUAAAUUUGAGACUUCCUCACCAUUCGACUCCUCGUUUGAACCUCAUCCCUAGAAGAGAGACGGAAACCAGUCCUGCAUCUGCAAAUGAAUUGUCGUCUUCACCGUCUUCAUCUAAUUUAGAGGAUUCUUCCUCAGUUGAUGUAAACGCAUCCUUGAGGAAUACGAGUGGGGACGAAGAUGUCGCAACUAAACCCUCAUCCUCUGGAGUUAAACAAAACCAGGAAAAGAUGCCGACAGAAAGAGGACGAGUCCCAGUUCGCCGUCUUCCUGGAUACGUGCGUCGCCAAAACUUUGGACCACUACAGAACAAGACCCGUCCAAAUUUGAGGCAGCUGCCUCCCCCUUUUCGACCUUUGAAUCCUCUAUCAGGAACAAGGAGAGAGCACGUAUCUUCCACUGAAUCGCCAGCCACUUUAUUUUCUGUUGCCAAAGAAUCCCAUUCAGCUGAAGGUACCACGCCAAAAGAAGGGGACACUGAAGACAGAGUUGGGACAACCAUGUCCACAGAGUUCAACCAGACCCUCAGAAGAAGUGAAGCGUUUUCCACCCAUCGUCCAACCACCAAAGUUAUUGGGUCAAAGGGGACUUACUUCCGUCGGUCGCAGCUGUCUGAUGGACGUUCCCAAAACAACACCCGGACAAACCUAAGACCACCUCAACAUCCACAUAGGGGUCCCGUGCGCAAGCCUUUCCCAGCCAGGAAGCAAACUGGAGGCAUUACUGUUGGAAGUCAAAUUAGCCAUUUAGAAAAGGAUAGUGCCAUUGAAAUCCCAGAUGACCAAUCAGGAGGGCAGGAUGCCCCCAUGCCUACUCAAGGAGUCCAAAUUAGACAAUCAGGAGGCGAAGACACUGCCGUCAGACCACAGACUAACAAAUUAGUAGAGGGGGACAGUGCCCCAAUCCAAACUACCAGAUCUGGGGAAGAAGAAACCAGCACCCUGGAUUCAAACUCUGACUCUGACACCCAUAAAGAUGGAGUCAAUACUGGCAAAAAUCCCGGAGCUACAAUUCGAGGUAGACCAACUCUCAAACAAACAUCUGAUUCAAGACAUGGAGACCCAAGAUCAGUCAAACCUCCAAAGAGACAACCACCUACACCAACAAGACGUAUGACCGCACAGAGUCCCACCCAGAUAAGACACCACAACGGUGGGAGCAAAAGGACAGAGGACAAAACCAGUAAUAUAGCAAAAAGGUUGUUUGAGAGUAAAACUGAGAGUAUUGAUUCCGAACUUCAGACGGGAUCAGAUGUUCCUUCUUCGGUAGUCACAAGGGAACCUCUGGACUAUGUGGGAGUCACAAACCGAACAUCAGAUGGAUUCACACUCGUAUGGGACUCACCUGAAAACAAGUACAAAAACUUUGUUGUGACAAGCAAAGACAUUGGGAAAGAAGAAGGCCCAACGCAGGACAGCAAGAAAGAUCACGAAGAUCAGGAAGACUCAAGGAAGGAGGCAAAAGAUCAGGAAGAAGAACACGAAGACUCAAGGAAAGAGGCAAAAGAUCAGGAAGAAGAACAAGAAGAUUUAAGGAAAGAUGGUGGCAUUGAAGAGGUAGAAGUUACGAAACAACCAACCAAAGAAACUCAUUCAGAAAAUGGAAGCAGUGAACAUGAAAACCAAGUACCUGAAAGCGUCUCUAUGCCAGUUCCGAGGAUCCAAAGCGGCACAACAGCCAAAUCCGUGGCAGGAAGUGACAACACCUUCAAAAAAGUUCUGUCUGGUUCAGCUCGCUCGUUCCAGUUUGAGAACCUGCCUCCUCAGACCGAGUACACCGUGACCCUGCUGGGAAAGGGUCCCGGUCUUCUGUCCAGACUGCACAAGCUUGUCAUCAGUACAGGGUAAGCUAACAGCCAUCUUCACUGACACCCCCUCACCUCUCACCCAAACCCGGGUAAGACCACGGCUGGUCUCCGCACCUUUGGUCUGUCUUCACCUC